GCAUGGCAUUCUCGAGUCAUCAGUUGUUAUGUUCUUUACUGUUACUGGCUCAGCGUAACCAGGGUCUGGAAUGGCAUUUGAACUUAUUCCUGGGAAUGCAGCACAUUGCCUUUGUAGCUUAGUUUUUAAAGACGCUGAUAAAUAUAUCUUCUGUGCCUUAGGACUUAACAUUCACAUAUAAGCUACGGUUGGUUUAAUACAUAAAUGUAUAUGGUUUGAGCAGUGAACGACCUAUGUGAAGUAUUAUGAACUGCCACCUCUGUUUUUCCGUCCGCUGGAACUAGAGAACGGCUCUACUUACAAGUCCAUGCAGCCUGAAAUCGCCUCACCCCCCGGCUGAGCUUCCAGCAUGUCUCGUGUCUCCUCCACGGCUAAGCGCUAUGCUGGCUCUUCAUAUACGAGUCACUACAGUUCAUACGGCUCCUCCCUGACCCCAUCUCUGGGCUCCUAUGAACGGGACAAGCUCCCCUACAAGAGUUCCUCCUCAGGCUUCUCCUCCUCCAGCUACCUGAGCUCCAGCCGCACCCGCAACUACAGCUCCUCCUCAGAGCCGGACCGUGGCCGACCCAUCCCUCGCACCGAUCUGCUGGGUGGCCGCCGCAGCGAGAGCCUGAGCCGCACACCGGUGAAUGGCUACAGCUCGGGCCUCAAUGGGGGCUCAGGAUACAGUGGCUACAGCUACUCUCCCGCUCCGACCAGCUACCUCUCCUCCUCACAUGUGUCCUCCAGCAUCUCGCUCAGUCGACGCAAGUCUGUAAGUCAGAGUGAUUUGACGCACGACCUGUCGACUCUGAGCUUCAGCGAGACCUCCAGGAGCAAUGGCCUAAAGCAGUCCUAUAGGAGUCGAGGCAGCGACACAUCUGAGUCGUACAGCAGCGCUCGCUCCGGGUACGGCCUCUCACGUAGCUCCACGCAGGAGGGGUUGGGAAGCACCAGUAGUGGUCUGAAGAGCAGCAGCCGGUUUUCCUCCAGCUAUCGCUCAACCUCACCAGUCAGAGAGAUUUCGAACUCAAAGAGCGUCCAGGGUCUUGUGGGGCUACGUAAUCUGGGAAAUACAUGCUUUAUGAACUCCAUCCUCCAGUGUCUUAGCAACACACAGAGCCUGCGAGACUACUGUCUUCACAACUCCCACCGUCGAGACCUCAACAACAACAAUCGCACAAACACCGCUCUGAUGGAGGAAUUUGCCAAGCUCAUCCAGACAAUGUGGACUUCUUCAAGCAGCGAAGUCGUCAGCCCCUCUGAGUUUAAAACACAGAUCCAGAGAUACGCCCCUAGAUUUGUAGGCUACAAUCAACAGGAUGCUCAAGAGUUUUUGCGUUUUCUGCUCGAUGGACUACACAAUGAAGUGAACAGGGUCACGGUUCGGCCGCGGGGAAACAUGGAGGACUUUGACCACUUGCUUGAUGAGGAGAAAGGGAAGAAGAUGUGGGCUAAGUAUUUAGAGAGAGAAGACAGCAAAAUAGUAGACUUGUUCGUAGGGCAGCUGAAGAGCUCUUUGACGUGCAGUGAAUGCGGCUAUUGUUCCACUGUGUUCGAUCCCUUCUGGGAUCUUUCCUUACCUAUCGCCAAGGGCUAUGGAGAGGUGAGCCUAAUGGACUGCAUGCGACUCUUUACUAAAGAAGACGUGCUGGAUGGGGACGAGAAGCCGACAUGUUACAGGUGCAAAGCCAGAAGACGGUGUACGAAGAAAUUCACCCUUCAGAAGUUCCCUAAAAUAUUAGUUCUUCAUUUGAAGCGCUUCUCAGAAGCUCGCGUCAGAACCAGCAAACUGUCCACUUUUGUCAACUUCCCCUUGAAAGAUCUGGACCUCAGGGAGUUUGCCUCUGACAGAAGCAGUGGUGCCGUGUAUAACUUGUAUGCAGUGUCCAAUCACUCAGGCACUACCAUGGGAGGCCACUAUACAGCAUACUGUUGCAAUCCUGAAAAUGGGGAAUGGUACACGUAUAAUGACUCCAGAGUCACGCCAAUGUCCACCAGCCAAGUUCGCAGUAGUGACGGAUACGUGUUGUUCUACGAGCGAGCUGGACUCUGAGGACGGACUGUGGAAGGAGAUAAAGUGCAGAACUUGAGUCCAAUGUGGAUGAAGACAAACAAUGCUGCUUCCCUUGGCUCAUCGAGCUAUGCAGAAUGAGACAAAGAAUAUCACUCUCUGCUGGACACUCGGGAGAAAUGCACACAAUGCCCUUUCACACUCCACCACUGUUUAAAAGAGGCAAAGGAUGUCUCGACUAAACACAUGCCUUUGUGUGUUUGUGUGGAAGGGCAGCAGUCAUCAUCAGGCAAUAACCCCAAGUGAAUCCAACACAGAUGUCCCUCUAUGCACUGAAACAGAACUUUUAUCCCAAAUGCGCCUUCCUCUUGUUCAAGAACGCCUCAAUAUUAAACUCAUUUUACUUGAUUUUUGUCUUGGAUUAAAAAAUGUUUUUAAGUAUUGUCCUCCCUGACAUGCUGGGAGAUGAACUGGUUUGAGGCGCCCCCUUUUGGGAUGCCGAAAAACUACGGAAGCUGUGCGACACAGACCUGGUUGCUUAAUUGUUACACAUUGUACUUUCAUUCUUUUCAUCCCCUUGCCUAACCCAUCAUCUUCUCUGUUGAUGCUUGGUUUUCUCCUCUGUUUUUUCUCAGUCUCCUGACUGAGUCGAAGAAUCACAGGAGUUUGUCGUGGAAGUCUGCUGUGUCGAGAGAACAGCGUGUGGCUUUUUAUUCAGUGUGGCUGCUACUGAUCUUUGAAAUGCUGUGAAUGGAAAUGUGCUAUCCGUCUCCGUACGAUAAGAGAACUGGGAGGGGAAAUAAUCCUGACAGCAUGGAGUGGUUUAUCCUUGAUUUCAUGCCAUUGAACAACAUGGGAUGUUUUGGAAAAAGAAAAUCUGUAUAUUUUUAUAUAUGAUGCAAUAUAGAGAAUGUACUACAUAGUGGUGCUGAAAAUGACCCGUUACUGUUUUCAGUUAAUUUAACAAAGGCAAGAGAAUGGCAUCUAUUUAUGCUUACAGAUCAGGAGACAUGUGAUAUGAGUCAUACAGUGGCAGUCAAACUAUAUAUAUAUGUAUGUAUGAAUAAAUUUUUGAAGAAUGAACUGUUAAA